UGAUUCUAACCAACCUCACGUACGUCUUUAGCGAAGACUGAUACACGUUUACCUUCCUGUAAUUAUCAAAGUAAAUUAAAAACUACAAGAAAGUUAACUAUGGAUAGUCAAAAAUCCAUUAAUUGUGCUACCACAACAGGAGGUAAAGUUGCUUCUUCGACAGCUUCGGGUCGCAAAUUGACUGUAAGCUCUAAACGUCCUGGAAAUCUGGCCGUAAUUAACAAAUCCCAAACGUUACCACGCAAUCUGGGUUCUAAGAAUGCGAGUAGCACAGCAGUGCAAAGACAACCAGUUAAAACUGCGGCCACACCACCCGCAGUGCGGAGACAAUUUACAUCGGGCAGGAAUACGCCUCCACAACGUGCUCGUACUCCUAUUAAUACGAGUUCCAAUUAUGGUAAUCAAAGCACCGGUAGUGGCAGUACACCAGCUGUAACGGUUAAAGGGGUAGAACAAAAAUUGGUGCAAAUAAUUUUGGAUGAGAUCGUAGAAGGUGGCGCAAAAGUAGAAUGGACUGACAUAGCUGGGCAGGAAGUAGCUAAACAGGCUUUGCAGGAAAUGGUGAUUUUGCCUUCGGUGCGUCCCGAACUUUUCACAGGUUUGCGUGCACCUGCAAAGGGUUUGCUGUUGUUCGGACCACCAGGUAAUGGUAAAACGUUAUUGGCUCGUGCUGUCGCCACAGAAUGUAGUGCGACCUUUUUAAAUAUAUCGGCGGCCUCUCUGACGAGUAAAUAUGUUGGUGAUGGUGAAAAACUGGUGCGCGCGUUAUUCGCUGUGGCGCGUGAAAUGCAACCAUCUAUAAUAUUUAUCGAUGAAGUUGAUUCGUUGCUAUCGGAACGUAGUAGCAACGAGCAUGAAGCUUCACGUCGGCUUAAAACGGAAUUUUUGGUCGAAUUCGAUGGACUGCCGGGUAAUCCGGAAGGUGAUCGCAUUGUUGUAUUGGCUGCAACGAAUCGACCGCAAGAAUUAGAUGAAGCUGCUUUGCGACGCUUUACCAAGCGCGUGUAUGUGUCUCUGCCCGAUAUUGAUACACGUGAGCUAUUGUUAAGUCGUCUACUUGAGAAGCAAGGUAGUCCACUCGGUACGGAAGCUUUACGCCGCUUGGCUAAGCUUACCGAUGGCUAUUCGGGCUCAGAUCUAACGGCUUUGGCUAAGGAUGCUGCACUCGAACCAAUACGUGAACUUAAUAUGGAGCAAGUAAAAUGUUUAGAUAUUAGUGCAAUGCGUCCGAUCACCGAGAAUGAUUUUCACAAUUCGCUGAAACGCAUACGUCGUUCGGUAGCUUCGCAGAGUUUAAACUCAUACGAAAAAUGGUCACAAGAGUAUGGUGAUAUAACUAUUUAAGUAUUCCAAAAGUAAUAGUAAGUUGUGUAGUUUGUGUCAUAAUAUUUAGCGUUCUCACUUUGCAUACUACAAAUGCUUGAAACAAUUUCACCUAAACAUAAAUUAAAUUGACGCUGCUUUGUUCGCAGCUAGGUUUAACGCCUUAUAACGAUGCUAUUGCUAAUGCCACAACAGUAGUAAUUGAUGGGCCUUCCUUAGAUGUAUGUCUGUUGCUUUGAUAGAAACACCUUUUUUAAUAAAAAAAAUAAUUUAAUUAAUGUGAAAUAAUGAAAAGCUUUCACAGUUUAAAAUUUUACUUUUGUGAAAUUAAAAACUUGUAAUGCUUCUUUUUUAUACAUAACUAUAUGAUAUCUAUAAAUUUUCCUUUAUUUUUUUUUUGUUUAAUAACGUGUCUGUUCAGAAAUAAAAACGAAUUACGAACAUGAAGAGGUUUCAAUAAGCGCAAAUGUUCGCGAAAGUAAUUAUCAAUAAUCUUUUCGUUUUUCUUGCACAAAUAUAAACAUUUAAUCAAUGAAUUUUGCCAAUGUUAAUGGCGCGAACGCAUAACGCAAAUAAAAUAUUGAACAUAAUUCGUCCCAUUCCCCAACAACUAACAAGGAAUUAAUCGCUUUGUAUAUGUAUGUUUUACUAUUAUCUGUCGAUAUUAUUUAGUCUAUAAUGUAACGUUUUUUAUAUUAUUUGUAUGCAUUGUAUGUAUUCGAAACUAAUGUUUUUGUACACUUGUUUAUACUUUGAAAUAUAUUUGAAUUUAAAUAAUUAUUUAAAGAAAAUAACUUCCAUAGAAGUAUUUAAAAAAUGGUAUCUCAAAUGAAAAGCUACUGCGAUAAGCUACAUAUUAGUUAUAAGUAACUGUAAAAUAAGUUAGGAAGAUACUCAAUCUUAAACAUAAUAAAAUUUGGCAAGCUACAAAUUAACUUUGUUUAACUUAACAUGAAAAUGGCAUUGACUAUCUUUAAAUUGUUGAUUGUGUAAUAAUCAGUCGAUGCUUUUUAAACGCUUGGCACUCGCAAGUACUUAGUAAUUGUGAGAAACAAGAAUUUAAAGAAAAUUAUUUCAGUAUUUAUAGUUCUGAUUAUAUACCCAAUUUUAUUAUUGAAGUUGUGGUCAGGCUCACAACUGCAGUUGUCUUUCAAGUCUUCAACCUUACUAAUAAAAUUUCAUCUUGUCUGAAUAUUUGUAUAUGAAACCAAUUUUAGAAAUUAGCGUUUACCAAUUAUUAACUGAUUCUAACCUAACCGCCAACCUACAACUUUCACUGGAAGUAACUAGUGCAAAGAAAAUGAUCUAUAGCUAAAAUAUUAUUUGAAAACUAGAAGUGUAUAAUGCUCAAAUAAAAUGCUGUGCAACUUACAAUAUUGUUAUACGAUAAAUUCUAAAAAGAUUUGUUAAAGCCAAGAAUAGUAGGAAUUCUAUCAAUGCCUUAUAUUCACCCCCAAUCGGUGUUUUCUGCACUGUAACUGCUGAGCCCACCCUUGAAUUUGGCCACAAAAUGAAAUAUUCACAUGCUCAAUAAAUUAAAUAGUCUGUGUUGCAUGAUUUUUUUUUAUUUUAUUUUUGUUUUCAAUAUUUUGCAUGUACAUAUGUAUAUCGCAUUCACUUUUUUUAUUGAAAUAAUAACUUUAUUUCAUUUUUUGUUGUUUUCUGUUGCAUCCAUUCAACGUGUUCACCUCUUACUUAAUAACUACGGUUUGUUGUAUUUCUUGCGGGUUACAAACUCGCAAAAAUGGUGUGUUUAGCUAUCGUACUUACUGUAAAGCAUGUCACACCGUUUGUUUUUUCGUUUUCUGUUUUUUUUUUUUUACUUUCUUCCAUUAAAUUAAAUAUCCUAACUUGUUACUUUAAAUGUAGAAUGGAUUAGAUCAUUUACACUACCCGCCCGUCAAGUUCCACUUGCAGUAGUUUCUUACAAUAUUUUGUUGUUGAUGUCCUGAUUGAUGGAGCUCUUGUCACAUUGCGUUUCAAAAUUGUUUCGAAGUAAUGUGUUUUUUAUUUUGUCCUCUGAAGCUGUGUUAAUCUAUUGAAAAGUAAAAAAAUCCUCUCGCUAUAUUAAGUAAAUUGCUUACAAAUGUUUUAAGUUAAUAGCAAAGUGUGUGUGUGUGUUUUUGUAGUUGAAAUAUCCUGUAACUCUUCGUAGUUAUCUUCGAUCGCAUUAUAUAAUUAAGUUCUCUUUAUUUUAAAUAUAAUCUAUUUAACAACGACCUAAUUUCUAACUUCUCUUUAUCAUCUUUGUUUUGUUUUUUCUUUUAUGUUUUCGAGAUUGUAGCGAAUAUUACAAGCUUUGAAGUUUACGUUGUAUGUUGAUGGUUUUUGUUUUCGUUAUAAGAAACUUAUUUAUUUUGCACGUUAGCAAGAACAAUGUCUUGCUUCCAAUACUUAACAUUUCUGCUGCAGAAGUUUUCCCCCGUGUGUCAUCUUUACAUUCCUAUUUAAUCCUAUUCAUUUUAGUUGUAUUUAAUUUUUCGCAGUCAAUCCAAUAUUAAAGACAAAAAUGGCUAUGAUCCAGUGUUGAGUUUAGCGUCACGUUAGUUGCUUUGCGAAUUUUACAGUUGUUGCUGGUAGGAGAGCAUUAUAUAUGUAUAGGUUGUAUGAUGAUAAUGCUGACCAUAAUUACAGCACCAAGUGGGAAGAUAAGUAGAUAGGUACUCUAAUUCACAACUUGAGCUCUCAU